AUGCUGAAUCAAAAUUACUCACCCUGGCCCCCAAAAAACCCUAAUUUCAAUCAAUCAAACCCUAAUUACUACAACAAGACUCACCCUCAUGAUCCUCUCGGCGUUACUAACAUCUACAAGUCCCGAAAUUCUCGUCAGUUCCACCGGAGAAAGAGCUCCGGUCGGCGGUUCGCGCCGUACGCGCCGCGCAACACGACGUCGUUCCUCAUCCGCGCGAAAAAAUCGGGCGGGAUCGCUUUCCCGGCGUCACCGUGUCCGGUGACGCCGGCGGUGCUGCCGACGCCGGAGUUCUCUCCGGCGAGGGAGGUGGUGGUGGAUACGGCCAAGGAGGAGUGGGGAGUGAACGGUUACGGGACGAUGAGUGGGUUGAUUAGGUUGAGAGAAUUAGGGGGGACUGGUGAGGAAGGCGAUAGAGGUUGCGCAAGUAGUGGGAGUGAUGUCGAGCUUGAGAGGAGGUUGGAUCAUGAUUUGAGUAGGUUUGAGAUGAUUUAUCCCAAUAGUAAUGGGGGAGAAAUCGAUAACCGAGAUAGUUUUCUAGGUAGAGGUGAUGAAGAGAGUAUGAGUUUGAAGGAGAGGUUGUUUUCGAUGGAGAGUGAGUUGGAGGAUAUGCGGAGAAGAGUGUUGGCUUUGGAAAUGCGGGGGAAAUUAGCGAGGGGGAAUGUGGAGGAAUUUGGGUCGGAUAAUGAAGGCGGUUGUUAUGCUUAUUCGGGGAGGAGUGUUGGUGGUGCUGGUGAGGACUGA